AACUCAAGCUAAAUCCAGCUAGUAAUACACAUCCAAUUCUCGAAUUCUUGUUCUUAAUUUUGUUUUUACGAUCCGCUCUGUAAACCGGAUCAUUUGGUGGAUUUAUUGUCCAUCAAAUUGGUGCUCUCGUUGAGAGUUCGAGAAUCAUACUCGGAAGAAAUCCUCCACGACGACGAUGGUGCACACACGUAGCAACGCCAACGUAGGUACCGGAGUUCCCCAACAGGGAGAGAACAGCGCCACCGGAGGUCGGCACCCCCCCAUCACCACCGGGGAGGCUGAGGCCCUCAUUCAGAGGGUUGGGAUCACGAGCGAACAAUUCAAGGAGGUGCUGGCCGCACUUGCCCCCAACCGCGAGGUAGUGGUGGGAGAUGUUGCUGGGGGACCCAUAGGCGAGAAGGCUGGGCCUGCGGGCUCCCAAGGAAAAAAGAAAAAAGUGAGGCGGUCCCAGAAGAAGAAGGCGACCAAGCCCAAUGGGAAGGCUAUGAUGGCGGAUGCGCUUUCCAGGCUGGAAGAAGAGGACGAGUCGUCCUCCUUCGAGCGAAUGUCUGCUUUUGACCGUUUGGGAGAUCCCAAGUCGAAGAAACCUCGGACCUCUGCGUUCGAAAGGUUGCAGGACACUCGGUCGGCCCGAAAAGGCGACUUGAGAGACACGCUCAAGGAGAAGAGAGGGGAGUCCACAGCGACCUCCAAGGCGGUCUUCAGUGAGGUAACGCCCUUCUCCAGGAGGAUAAUGUCCUGCCCUCUCCCAGAUAAUUUCAAGACUCCCCAGAUCAAGGCAUACAAUGGGACGACCGAUCCCCAAGACCACCUCGCUCGUUUCGGGGCCAACGUGGUCAUGUACGCGUAUCCAGAAGAAAUCAAGUGUCGGUGCUUCCUGGCGACACUGGAAGGGCAGGCUUGUGAGUGGUUUCACAAGUUACCCAAGGGGUCGAUAGAUAAGUGGGGCGACCUGGCCCACAAGUUCUUGGAGCACUUCGCGUCCAGCCGGAGACAAAAGCUCCCCUUCUCGCAUUUGCUCAAUGUGAAGAUCCGGAAGGGGGAACAGCUCCGGGAGUUCAUUAAUAGGUGGGAGAAGGAGGCUAGGGAUGUCCAAGGGGCUAACGACCAAGCCUUGAUCGCCAUGCUCCAAGCUGCACUCCCCCAAGGGGAUGUGCGUAAGGAGCUGCGACGGAAUCCUCUCUCGACCUAUCAAGAGAUGUUGGCCAGGGCAAAGUACCUGGCGCUGGAAGAGGAAGAUGAUGAGCCACCAGUCCGGAAGGAGAAGAAAAGCGGGCCACCGGUGGCAGAAGGAAAGAAGAGGAAGGAAUAUGGUAAGGGGCCGAACCCCACCGGGUAUCAUGCGAACAGGCAUCCCGUUCACGCGGUCCAGUCGUUGCCGGCCCCUCCUCAUGGUCGGGAAAGCUAUGGUGUGCAAGAUGCACCCAAAUACUGCGAGUACCACCGUAACAGCACCCAUAACACGUCGGAGUGCGUUACGCUGAAGAAGGAGAUGGAUCAGCUGAUCGCUAGAGGGCCACCUGCUCGGUCAGAGCGACCGUCCACAAGUAACCGGACCUGGAGGAGGCCGCCAGCCCCCACGGCAGCGAUCACAACAGGAGAGGGGCAAGAAGAUGGACGGCGGCACCUAGGGCGAGAUUGUGAUGACCUAGAUGAGGAGGAGAGGCAAGGUCGCCGACACCUGGGGUGUCGGUUCAUCAUGGGAGGAAACACUGGAGGAGAUUCGGUAUCCUCCCGGAAGAAGUGGAAGAACAUGGUGUACCUGGUCGAGGUACAAAGGCCACCGCUGCCUAAGCGAAAGAAGAAGGAACCCCUGAUCUUUACAGACGAGGAUUAUCCCCCAGUCCUCAGUCCUCAUAGGGACGCUCUGGUGAUAAGAGUGGAGAUCAAUAAUGUGGUUGUUCACCGAACCUUGGUCGAUACGGGCAGCUCAGUCAACGUAAUGUACAGCAACACCUUUAAGGAGUUGGGAUUGUCCCGAAGCGACCUGAAGCCAAUCCAUACGCCGCUGUCAGGAUUUACAGGGGAUACUAUCGAAGCGGAAGGAACUAUCACGGUAAAGGCCGGGGUAGGAGAUGGCACCCACCGACUCUGGGUUGACAUGGAAUUUAUGGUAGUACAGCUCGACUGUGCACACCAUCUGAUUCUGGGACGACCAGGGUUGGAGGACCUGGAGUGCGUAAUCUCCCCCGUCCACUUAUGCCUAAAGUUCAACACUCCCACGGGGGUGGGAGUAGCAAAGGGGAACCAGAGCCUGUCACGGUCGUGCUAUGUCAGGGCGACCAAAAGCCAAGCCCGAGUCGACGAGAAUAUCAUCACUGACAACGGAACCCAAUUCGAGGCCGGGGGGUUCAAUGAGUUUCUACAGAGCUGGGGCAUAAAACACAGCUAUGCGGCGGUCGGGUACCCCCAAACCAAUGGGCAGGUUGAGAACACCAACCGUACCAUCAUGGAUGGCCUCAAGAAGAAGAUAAUGGAAUGCAAAAGUGCCUGGGUGGAAGAAGUGCCCUAUAUAUUGUGGACCUACAGAACUACUCCAAGGAAGGCAACAGGUGAAACCCCUUUCUCGCUCACAUAUGGAUUUGAAGCAAGGGCUCCAGCGGAGACCUCGUUGUUAAGUUAUAGAGUAGAGACGUUUGAUGCUCAAGGAAAUGAGGAGAACCUGAGGGCAGAGCUGCACCUCAUUGAUGAGCGAAGGGAAAGGGCAUAUAUGCGGGCAGAAAACUACCGCCGGCAGGUCAAGUCAUAUCACGACCAGCGGGUGCGACCAAGGCAGUUCAAGUUGGGCGACUGGGUUCUUCGGAAAAGGGAGGUCAGCCGGCCGACCGGUGGAGGAAAGUUUGCUAAAAGCUUCGAGGGGCCAUAUAUCAUAAAGGAGGUAUUGGCCGAUGGGACAUUUAGAUUGCAGACUCCAACCGGUGGCGACGUUCCGCGAGUAUGGAAUGCCGCCAACCUUAUUAAAUUUUAUCAAUAGAUUGUACCCCAGCCAUGUCUUAUUUUUGAGAUUUAAUAAAUCCAGCUCUCUGGCACAUCUUGUCUCCAAUUCUUUAAAAAAAAAAAAAAAGGAGAGGCGACGCGACCACAAAGGAUCGAUCUCUAAAAUUGCACGGUGAUUCGUGCUAAGAUACCCAGUAGUGGGUGAAGCGUCGAACCCUGUCAGGCGACCAAGGUUGAAGGCGACGCCGUGGCAAGAAAGUCUGAGAGAACGG